UGAGGUGGACAAGGUUCUGUCUGGCUUGGAGAUCCUCUCCAAGGUGUUUGACCAGCAGAGCUCUCCCAUGGUCUCCCGGAUCUUGCAGCAGACGGGAGAGCAGGAACUGGAGAGUCUCAUCCUGAAGCUGUCCGUCUUGAAGGACCUCCUGUCCAGCAUCGAGAAGAAGGCCUUGAAAGCUCUCCAGGACAUGAGUUCCACACCUCAGCCAGGACUUGGCCAGCCUUCUUCCCGCAAAGCAAAGAGCUUUCCCGUACAAGCCUUUGAGGUGAAGCUGGACCUGACCUUGGGCGACCUCACCAAGAUUGGGAAGUCCCAGAAGUACACCUUGAGUGUGGACGUGGAGGGCGGGAAGCUGGUGGUACUGAAGAAGCAGAAGGACUCUCAGGAGGACUGGAACACUUUCACCCACGAGAAGAUCCGCCAGCUGAUAAAGUCCCAGCGGGUGCAGAAUAAACUGGGGAUAGUCUUCGAGAAGGAGAAGGACAGGACCCAGCGGAAGGAUUUCAUCUUCGUCAGCGCCAGGAAGCGCGAGGCCUUCUGCCAGCUCCUGCAGCUGAUGAAGAACAGACAUUCCAACCAGGACGAACCAGACAUGAUUUCCGUCUUCAUUGGUACAUGGAACAUGGGCAGUGUGCCCCCUCCCAAGAACAUCAAUUCGUGGUUUGCCUCCAAGGGCCUUGGCAAGACGCUGGACGAGAUGACGGUCACCAUCCCCCACGACAUCUACGUGUUCGGCACCCAGGAGAACUCCAUGGGGGACAAAGAGUGGGUGGACUUCUUGCGGGGGGUCCUGAAGGACUUCACGGAGAUGGACUACCGGCCGAUAGCCAUGCAGUCCCUGUGGAAUAUUAAAAUUGCUGUCCUGGUGAAACCGGAGCACGAGAACCGGAUCAGCCACGUGAGCACCUCGAGUGUGAAAACGGGGAUUGCGAACACUCUGGGCAACAAGGGAGCCGUCGGGGUCUCCUUCAUGUUCAACGGCACCUCCUUCGGCUUUGUCAACUGCCACCUCACCUCGGGCAAUGAGAAGACAGCCAGGAGGAACCAGAACUACCUAGACAUCCUGCGCCUCCUCUCCCUGGGCGACAGGCAGCUCAGCUCUUUCGACAUCUCGCUGCGCUUCACCCACCUCUUCUGGUUCGGGGACCUGAAUUACCGUCUCGACAUGGACAUCCAGGAAAUCCUCAACUACAUCAACCGGAAGGAGUUUGAGCCGCUGCUGAAGGUGGACCAGCUCAACCUGGAGAAGGAGAAGCACAAGAUCUUCCUGCGAUUCAAUGAGGAGGAGAUCACCUUCCCUCCCACGUACCGCUACGAGAGGGGUUCCCGAGACACCUACGUGUGGCACAAACAGAAGCCGACUGGGGUGAGAACCAACGUUCCCUCGUGGUGUGACCGCAUCCUCUGGAAGUCGCACCCAGAGACCCACAUCAAUUGCAACUCUUACGGGUGCACGGACGAUAUCGUGAGCAGCGACCACUCCCCGGUCUUUGCGGCUUUUGAAGUUGGAGUGACAUCCCAGUUUGUUUCCAAGAAAGGCCUUUCCAAAUCUUCGGACCAGGCGUACAUCGAGUUCGAGAGCGUCGAGGCCAUCGUGAAGACGGCUAGCAGGACCAAAUUCUUCAUCGAGUUCUACUCCACGUGCCUAGAAG